AUGUCCCGUGCCGAGGAGCGCGAGGAGGCGGACUGCGUGUGUUCCGUCGGGAUGAAGUUAACGUGGGACAUCAAUGACCCCAAGCUGCCCCAGGACACGAAGCAGUUUGACCCGUUCCAGGAGUGGACAGACGGUUACGUUCGGUACAUUUACAGCGCUGAAGAUAAGAAUGCUCAGAGACAUCUGUCUGGCUGGGCAAUGAGAAACACCAACAACCACAACUGUCAGAUCUUGAAGAAAUCGUGUUUAGGUGUGGUGGUUUGUUCUCGAGGCUGCACGCUACCUGACGGAUCCAGACUUCAGCUUCGACCUGCCAUCUGUGACAAAGCCCGGCAGAAGCAGCAGAAGAAGCUUUGUCCGAAUUGCAAUGCUGCUCUGGAGCUGCUCCCAUGCCGUGGUCACAGUGGUUACCCUGUCACCAACUUCUGGAGAGUCGAUGGAAAGGCCAUUUUCUUCCAGGCAAAAGGCGUUCAUGAUCAUCCCAGACCAGAGUCCAAAUCAGAGACUGAAGCCAGAAGGAGUUCAAUAAAGAGACGAGUCAACUCACCUCCAUUCACACCAAAGAGACGACUCAUUGAAACACAGGCUCUUGGCCCUGCGCUCCUCUCCUGCGUUGAACCAACAGAUAGGAUUUCCUUCAUUGAACCGAACUUCCCUCAGCAUUACCCAGCAUUUCAAAGCCCAGAACCCUACUACAACCCCCACAAUGCACUGGGAGAGAGCGCACCAACACUUCAGAAACCAGCCAAUCCCAGGCUUUAUAUGAGCAGGCCCGGAUAUGACUUCCAAGGAUACCUGACCUCACCUUCAUAUCCUGUAACCUCUGACCUUUGCGACCCUAGAGUGGCCCCGGUCCUGGGUUCCUCGUCCUCCUCGUCUCCAUCGUCAGCUCCUCUCUCCUCGUCCUCCACCUCCUUUGACCCCCAGACAAAGACCCCUUCUGGAUGGAAAGAACUGCUGAAGAACUCUGCCCCCUACAGUGACAACCACCAUUACUACAGCACCGAGUACCCUUGCCGUUAUGCCAGCAACACCCCAGGUUCACCAGCAGCGCUGCAGACCAUCAUCACAACGACAACCAAGGUCUCCUAUCAACCGUGUCCGAAGCCUCCUGCUGCCCUCCCUCCUUACCAGUCGUGUCCCAAACCCUCUGUCGGCCUGCCCUCUUACCAGCCCUGCGCUCCCUCCAAACCUGCUGGCCUUCCUGGCUGCUCCUCCUUACUAGACGACCCCUCCUCAUCCUCGUACUCCACCGAGGUGAAGGUGACAGAGGAGUCGGGUGGAGUCAUCAAGUCUCUAUCUUUCCAGCCUGAGCCUCUUCAGACCAAAACCGAACGGGCUGACGGCUAUGACUACCGCUACUCGUACCCCAACACGUACCGCUACGACGACUACUGA